AGUUUAAACUAUUCAUUAUAUAUUUUAUCUAGGCAUUGGAGUUUAGUGGAGGCCUGAUUGAACCGUUUGUGUUUGUUAGGCCUCCUAGUUGAAGUAGGCUAUGGAUGGUAUGACAUAAUACCUAUCCAUCUGGGAUCUGAUCUGAAACUCUACUAUUGGUUGCUAGAGUCUUGGCUUUCUGAGAUUAAUAUGCUUUUGGCAUAUAUUGCUUAGAUGGAUCCUAAUAUAGCGGGGAAACAAAUCUAUCCCUUAUUCUUCUAUCAGAACAAGAGGGUCUAGGAGGCCUUUAUCGUAUAACCAAUGCAAGAGACUAUACUUUAGGAUUCUUGUUAUUCUUGUUGAUACAAUCUUAGUAUCUUCUUUUUUGCAUUAAGAAAAAAAUCUGUUAUGUACAUAGAGGAAUAGGGUUCCCUCAAGCCAUUAUUAUAGUCAACGAAGGAUACGGUUUUUGAGGACGGUUGUUAUUGAAUUUCGACGGUCGGCUAGUCUUAAUCUAGGUUUGUUAGUUUUUCCGGGAGUCUGUUGUGUUUGACCGAGAGCCGGAAGAGGAAAGGAUGCUUGAUAGUUAUAAUUUGCUUUCAAUUGUUACCACUUUGGGAAUGGUCUCUCAGUUUUGCAGUUCUUGUUAUUGGAGCCAGUUCCGGUUUUUGCAUUUCAGUAUAGUUUAAAAAUUGGAUGGGGAACAUGGAUGCUGCUGUUGAACAGAGCUUAUCAGCUGCAAAGCUACAUGGAGGGAUGUCUAGGAAACUUGCUAGAAUUGUGUAUGGUAUGAUGAAAAUAUUUCCUGCAGUAGAAGCGGCACGCCCCAGGUGUCAGUCAGGCAUACAGGCCUUGUGUGCACUGCAUCUAGCACUUGAGAAAGCAAAAACCCUUCUUCAACACUGCGCAGAUUGUAGCACACUAUACUUGGCCAUUACUGGGGAUUCAAUUUUGAUAAAAUUUGAAAGGGCCAAGAGUGGUUUGGAUCAAAGUCUGAAGCGUGUUGAAUCCAUAGUGCCACAGAUACUGGGGCAGCAGAUUGCUGAAAUUAUCAUUGAGUUGGAGGGAGUCACAUUUGCUCUUGAACCAUCAGAAAAAGAGGUUGGUGAUGAGAUCAUUGCAUUGCUACAACAGGACAAGGAUUCCAGUUGUGAAAAUGGUACAUCAGAAUUGGAUGCUUUCCAUCGGGUGGCUUUGAAGUUAGGCAUCAUCUCCUCAAGAGCUGUAUUGACAGAAAAAAGAGCACUUAAGAGAUUGCUUGAUAAAGCUCGCCAUGAUGAAGACAAGCGGAAGGAGUCUAUCAUCGUUUAUCUUAUGCAUCUUCUCAGAAAGUAUGCUAAGUUCUUUAAAAAUGAGUAUUCGGAUGGCGCUGAUUCUCCAAACUCAGAUCCGUGUUCUCCAUCAGUCAGGAGUUCCCUUGACAAGGUUACUGGGAAUGGAAGGAAUGGUGAUCGCCAUGUAUCAAGGGUUCAUGCAUUUAAUAUAGCCAGAAAGGAGACACCUGGCUGCUCAGGAAGCGUGUUAGUACCUCCUGAAGAGUUCAGAUGUCCGAUUUCCCUGCAACUGAUGUCUGACCCUGUAAUUAUUUCUUCAGGGCAAACAUAUGAACGGAUUUUUAUAGAGAAAUGGUUCAGUGAGGGUCAUGAUACAUGCCCCAAAACUCAGCAGAAAUUAGCACAUCUUUGUUUGACUCCUAAUUAUUGUGUAAAAGGCCUAAUUGCCAGUUGGUGUGAACAAAAUGGGAUAAAAGUACCAGAUCCACCAACCACGUCCCCUCCUUUUAGAGACUGGAGGUGGGAUUUGGCAGACUCUGGAUCCAUCAAAAGUGUUGAUGGUGUUCGCUUAAAAGAGGUCAAGAUAGUCCCAUUAGAGGAAAUUCAAAUUUCUGGUGCUGCUGAGGACGAUACAGGCAGAUAUUCAACAGGUACUUUUAGUAGCAGUUAUUAUUGCGACUCUCCAAUAUUGCUCCGAAAUGAAGGAUCUGGUGAAACAGAGGAUAAAAACCUAUCUUGGUCACAUGGCAUGGUUGAAUCAGAGACUGAAAAAGAGGACCCUUGUAAAAGAUAUGAAAGAUUGCUUGCAAGCCUUAGUGGACCAUCAUUAGAACUGCAAUGUAAAGCGGCAGAAGAGAUUAGAGAAUUGUCAAAAGAUAAUGAUGAGGCUCGUUCGUACAUGGGUUCUAAUGGUUUCAUUCAUUCUCUUGUAAAUUUCCUACGUUCUGCCAUUGAUGCAUCUGUUACACAUGCGCUUGAAACUGGAGCUUUAGCACUUCUCAACAUUUCUGUCAACAAUAACAGGAAUAAAGCAGCAAUCUUAGCUGAAGGUAUAGUGCCUCUUUUGCUGGAAAUUCUUGAUUUGGAGACAUCCGAAGCAGCUGUAGCUGUAUUGCUUAUGCUAUGCAGUUGGGAAGAGAAUAAAGCUAGCAUUGGAGCUUCUGGAGCAAUACCUGCUAUUAUUAAACUCCUGGACUCAGAUUCUAACCAAUGUAGACAAGAUGCUAUAAAUGCCUUGUAUAAUCUAUCUACAUAUGAGGGAAAUAGUUCUCACAUUAUACUGGCAGGAGCUAUUAACAAGUCUGUUUCUCUUCUUCUUGAUGGUGAAGCUGACUGCACAGAAAAAUGCAUUACAAUUUUGUAUAACCUUGCGUCCACUGAAGAGGGCAGAGCAAAAAUUGCUGCUACUGAAGGUUGCAUUGGAGCAAUUGCAGAUCUUCUCGAUACAGGAACUUCCAUUGAGCAAGAACAAGCUGUAGGUAUUCUUUUACUAUUGUGCACUAAUAGUUUUGAGUACAGUCAAAUGGUUCUGAGGGAAGGUGUUAUCCCUUCAUUGGUUACUCUUUCUGUUAAUGGAGGCCCAAGGGGACGGGAUAAAGCUGAGAAACUGCUACAACACUUCAGGGAUCAGCGACAACAAGAAGUUUUGUGCCAGUCUCAGGAUGUGUGCAUACCACCUCAGCCAUCAAACAAUGGGGAGAACCCCAAAGUAAAGAAAACAAUCCAUAAAACAGCUUCCAAAAAGAUUGGCCGAACAUUGAGCUUUUUUUGGAAGUCCAAGUCAUUUUCUUUUUACCAUUGUUAGCAUAUGUGCUUGCAAUAUGGUUGCAAAGCAUUUAUCAGAUUCAAAGUGUUUGUAAAUGAGUUUCGUUUGUUGUAGAGUUCUAAAAUUUUGUCUUUGGUCAGGACUUUUUGGUGGAAGUCUCGACUGUUCUUGUACGAAAAAAUAGGUUCUGAAUCAUCCUACACCCACGAUGAUUCAGGAAUAUACUGUACAAAGUUUCAAGAGAAGAAUAAUUAUACAUGUCCAUAUAGCCCUGCUUGGUUGCAGAUAUGUACAGCAGCAGAGAGAGGAUAAUCAUCUCCUUUUAAGAGGCCGAUGCUCUUCUAUGUUAGUGUAGCCUGUAAAUUGUACCAAGGAUUUUGGUUGAUUGUUUUUCAUCAGUGCAUAACAUGAAAUUUCACUGUCCUGAAUCGACUUUGGACUUUUCAUCCUUUAA